AUGCUGCUCUCCGUAUUCCUCGCCCUGUUCCUCCCCUGCGCCGGGAUGAGCGCCCUGUUCGUCGUCUACAUUUGCCUCCUCUGGUUCGCCUCCAAUCCCCCGCCCAAUUCGGCCGCAAAUCCCGAAGAUUUGAAGCCGCCGGCCAAGAAGGGCCUCUCCGCGGCGGAGCUCUCGAAGCUCCCCGAGGUCGCGGCGAAAGAGCUCCCGAUGGGGAACGAAUGCGCCGUCUGCCUCGACGACAUCGAGCCGGAGCAGAUCGCGCGGCGGAUCCCCGUAUGCAAUCACGGAUUCCACAUCGAGUGCGCGGACAGGUGGCUCGCCAAGCACCCGUUCUGCCCCGUAUGCCGCGGCAAAAUCGACCGCGAACGGCUCGUCGUCGAUCCCGACGGCGGCGACGGAGAAGACAGUCCUGUGUGA